GCGUGCUCCGUGUCGCUGCGGAGUCCACAAGCCACGGCUCAGUUCAGGUGAGGUCCGCCUGCCCGCUGCUACCGGAUCGAGCGAGCCGCCCCGCCCCGCCCCGCCGCGCGGAUAGGAACGGGACGGGAUGAGACCCGCCGCGAGCAGGGCUGCAUUCGCGUCCGUGCUGCUGGCGCCGCGCGCGGUCGGGGCAUCCCUGGUCGCCGCCCGCUGCGCCUCCUCGACCGCCUCCUCUGCGGCCGCCGCCACCGUCACUGCCUACGAUCAUGCAUCAUUCAUUAAAGAAAUCGCCGCAACUGAACCCCCAGAGCAUCUCAAUUCGCUGUUGAAUGUGCUUCAGUCACGAGGCGAAAAGAUUGUUUCUCCUGGGGCAAAACGAGGGUUGAUUCCAGUUGUUGUUCCCCUAUCAGAAAGUCCAGCAGGCAAUUUGACAUCCCUACUUAGAUGGCCAACUGCUCCAACUGGGAUGGAAAUGCCGGUAGUGGAAGUUCGUAAGCACGGGUUAUGGCUUUUGGCUAAGAAUGUGAAGCAAUAUAUCCACAGAAUACUUGUUGAGGCUGAUAUUAGUGCUGAUGAUGGUGAGGAUUUAUGGUAUGCUGUGGGAGAAGCUGGUAAAAACCUUUACACAAAAGGUGACUUCAAAGAGUCGCAGCUGGCAGAUCUUGAUGUCUAUUUGUUGAAGAAGGUUGGACUUUUCCCUGAUGUUUUAGAGAGGAAAACAUUGUGCCAUCUAGAAAAAGGAGAUAAUGUCUCAGCUCUUAUUACUGGAGAAUUCUACACUAGAGAUCAAUUUCCUGGAUUUGGAAGACCCUUCGUGUUCAAUUCAGAGAUUUUAAAAAGAGUUGGACGCACAUCAGAAGCCAAAGAUUCAGCUCGAGUUGCUUUGAAGUCACCGUGGUGGACACUAGGAUGCAGUUACGAAGAGGCUGCUGAAUUAGCCGGGUGGGAGGAUGAGCAGAUCGAGUUUAUCAGAGAGAAGGUAACAGAGGAGGGUAAGCGUGAGGAUCUGAAGAAAGGAAAAGCUCCAGAACAGGUGGUUCUUGAUGAGGCAGCAUUUCUGAUGGAUUUAGCAACAGUGGAUGAUAACUGGGAUGAUGUUGUGGAUCGGAUUGCUGACUGUUACAGAGAAGCUGGGCUUAAUGAUAUUGCAAAGUUCAUUGCCUACAGGGAAUAGCUGUUAGAUUCCUUAUGAGUCUUUAAGUCAUAAGAGAAAUUUUGACUCUUUCUUGCUCUGACUGUUCAAGUCAUGAGGGGAAGGGUUCUAUUUUAGUCCUACAUUCCCUUUACACGGCAUUAGUUCAUGUAUCUUUUGUCAUAAUUUGGUAGCCAGCACAACAGUCGACAUAUUUUGCACUUGUUCUUGUUCUGUAGUUUUCAACAUACUUUUGCCAUCUGAAUUAUCUGAUUAUUGAUUAUUAAUAUGUAUCAGAUUGCAAUUUUCUA